AUGCACGUUUCAAGAAAGAAGUGGAUUCCUGAAAUGGGAGAAUGCCACCCCUCAAGAUCAACUGGAUAUAUGAGCUUUUGGACAUCUUUUCUUUUGUCUAUAUCAGUAAUUGCUAUUUGGGUGAUUUCCGAGCUCUUUUUAAGGGGUUUCUUCGGUCAGAAUUUGGCAAUAUCCCCAAUGAUGAGAGCAACCUGGGGAUUGGUAGCAGCAAUUGGCAUUGUGAUGGUUAUGUCUGUGCAUUUUCUCCCAAAUGGAACUUUUAAAUGGCCCUGUUAUGCUUUCUGGAAAAUUAUGAUGGGUAUGAAUAUACUAUAUCUUGUGCUUCUGACAUUUUUAAUGUUUCAGGACACUGAAUAUAUCAGAAGCGCUUUAAUUUAUAUCGACCCAAAGCUAAAAGAAGGGGUUCCUGAAAUAAAUUAUGCAGGGAAUUCUUGCUCAAUCAUUGGCGAAUCAGAUGGUUUGUUGACAAAUAUUCUCCCAAAGAUUGACCUAUUCGUAAUCGCUCACUUUCUUGGCUGGAUGGCCAAGACUUUAAUUCUGAGAAAUGAUUUCCUCGUCUGGUUUAACUCUAUAUUCUUUGAAUGGCUUGAAAUUACUCUUAGGCAUAUUUUACCAAACUUUUAUGAAUGUUGGUGGGACCAUAUAUUAUUGGAUAUUUUUGGGUGUAACAUGAUAGGCAUAUUCUGUGGGAAUUAUAUAAUUAGAAGAUUUGGCUUGGCUCGUUUUAAUUGGCAUACAUGCCAUAACGGACUUGAGAACAAAGAACAUAACGAGAAAUCAGUAUCAUCUUCAAGUGCUAAGAGACACAAAAAAGCUUCAAAAGAAGCAAUUUCUAGUUUUGAAGAUAAAGCCCAAGAAGUCACAUCGGUUUCAGGCUUAUUCAAAGUAAAGAAUUUUAUUCCUUUAUCAUUUAAAUGGCCAGAAACUUUAUCGACCUUACGCGGUUUUUUAUCUUUUCUGGUUUUGACAGCAAUUGUUCAACUGAUUGACUUGAAUUACUUCUUCUUCAAGGCCGAGUUCUAUAUGCCAGUUUCCCACUGGAUUUUUGGUGUGAGAACAGUUGUUUUGGCUAUAUGUGGCGCUUCAGCAGUUGGAGAACUAUAUGAAACAAUCGCAAGAGAUUGCUCAAUUCACUUCGGUAAAAUUAGUUUUCAGUCCUGGCUCAUUGUGGUUGUAAUUUUUACGGAAUCACUGCUUUGCUGGAGAUUUAGUGGGAAUCUUCGCGUCGAAUCUUUUUUGCCCUCAAACUUUAUUAUAUACAUUUGGAUUUUUAUCUUCUUCAUACUUGUUGUUUUGUAUUUAUUUCUAACUUUAAAAAGUUUCCAUGAAAAUUUGGGUUCAAACAGGAAAAAGAAUGAAUAA